CAUAUUUACGUUUGAAUAUAUCAUUUAAUUAUAAUUUAUUGAUAUGAUUUUGGAGUAAAUAUAUAAAUCUAUGUAAAUUUUCUGCAUUUUUCUGUCAAAAAUUUAAUUUUGGUGGAAAAUUGGUCUUUGUCAAGGAUACUAUUUCAUUCAUUUCCUCCCUUAAUACAAAGUCAGUGGGUGUGUGCCUUGCAAGGCUUUCCAUGCCUUUUAAACAUUCUCUCUCCUCAAUCACAUUUUGCUUGCUCUCUCCAAAACCCUUCACUCGCUUAUCUCCCGGAACCCUAGCUAUCGCAAUGGCCGGAACACCGGAGAAACUCUCCACCGCCGCUGAAGACGACGAUGUGAAGUUUGGAUUUCAGCGUUCGGAGAUGUACCAGAGUAAACUUGGAGGUACUGUUACCUCCUAUGAUCGUCAUCUGUUCCUCUGCUACAAGUCGCAUGAGACUUGGCCUUCUCGCGUUGAAGCCUCUGAUUCCGAUCUGCUUCCUAAGUCACUCGCUGCUGCUCUUAAAGCUCGCAAGGAUGAUAUCAAAAUCAAGACUCUUUUGACAAUAUGCGAAGUACGUGAUGGCAUGGAAGUAUCUGAUGGAGAUAUUCUGGUUUUUCCUGAAAUGAUCAAAUACAGGGAUUUGAAGGAGUCUGAUGUGGAUGCAUUUGUUGAUGAUGUGGUUGUCAAUGGAAAUCCUUGGAGCUCUGGAUUGAAGGAGUCUUUGAACGGUUCUUAUGUGUUUAUCUGUGCCCAUAAUAACCGUGAUCGAAGAUGUGGUAUUUGUGGACCAAUUCUAAUUGAGGAAUUUAGCAAGGCGAUUGAGUUCAAGGGCUUGAAAGACAAAGUUCGUGUGACAGCUUGUUCCCAUAUUGGUGGCCAUAAGUACGCUGGCAAUGUUAUAAUCUUCAGUUCGGGCAAAGAUGGGGAAAUUGUUGGCCACUGGUAUGGCUAUGUUACACCAGAUGAUGUACCUGCUUUGCUUGAUGAGCAUAUUGGAGAGGGAAAAGUCAUUGAACGACUUUGGAGGGGCCAAAUGGGACAACAUGAGAAGGUAACUGAUAAAGUGAAAGAACAGAGGGUUCCCGAAGUAACCAAUGAAGAAAAGAAGCCUCUAGAAAAUGGAAGUCAGGAGACUAGUGCAACUGGCUUCAGCUGUUGCCAAGGUGAUGCAGGAGUUUCUUGUUGUAGAGAUGCAAAUGCUGAGAAGAAAGAGAGCAAGAAGGGGCAGGGAACAGUUUCAAACUGGUUCGGCAAAUGGGAGCAGCGUGAAAUACUCACAGCUGUGGGCAUGGUUGGAGCAGUGGCUGUUGUUGCUAUGGCUUAUGGCUUUUACAAGAAGUCACGGUGAAACAUCUUUGACUCAUUGUUAACUAGGCACAAACUUUGCACUGAAAAGUUUUCGGGCAUCUAGGUUUUGCAGAAAGGUAAUAAUGUUCGAGAUAAUCUCGAACACUGAAAAUGCAUACAGAUUAAGUGUAAUUCGACUAUAGAGAUGAGCUUCUUUGCUCGUUCCCAGCAAGUACUAGAAGGCUGGUAAAUAUAAAGUGCCAACUGAUUGCUACAGGUACUUUUAAGUAACGUCAUACAUAGGUUCUUUGAAUUCCAGAUGGUAGAUUUUACUUCUCCAUUCAUGGGGGUGAGUACGAUCAAUAUGGUUUUAUUUGGUUCUCUAUCUUAAGUUGGUAGAUUCAUUAAUUCUCUA